AUGAGUUUUUUCAAUCAACCAAGCAGACAAGGAAUUAAGGGAACCCCAUUCCAGCAAGUUUCUGAAAAUGGAAGUGGAACUGACACUAUAAUAAGAGAAGAAUCGUUCAUACUACCCCUGGAGGAAGAACAAGAGUUUAUUAUCAAUAAUCCAUCUCGUAAUACAUCCCAUUUUCUUAUAAUUGAUAACAACAGUCCUAAGAUUGAUACCCUAAGUACUGAUAGUGAAGAGUCCAUUACAGGUAUCAUUAGUGCAAGAACUUCUGAAGAGUUUUCAAUAUUAUCAAGUAGCGCUCAAUCCCCUGAACUGAAAUACAACAAAGAACUUGAUACCAUUGAAAAUGUAUUGAAAGAAAAUGAGGAGAAGACAUCCCUAGAAGCUGUACCUCUACAUGGUUACCAUUUUCUUGAUACUGAAGAAAAUAAUAAGAAUUUGAGGUCUAUUCUUACACAAGAACAACUUACUUUGUUAAACAAAUUUCGCACUGAAUUGUAUUCACUUUUAAAACGUUCAAGAAGAAAAAACGAUCAUCAGUCCCCUAACCGAAAGUAUCCUGACAUACCAUCUUUAUUCUCAAACAGACACCUAAUCUUGAAGUGUUCCAUUUUAUUAUUCCAUGACCAACAAAGACAAUUUAUUUCAUGUAACAAAAGAGAACCGUUUAUAAAUAAUUAUUUAUAUUCAAGUUCACUCUCCACUGUAUCACUUGGGGAAUGA